AUGGCAAGCACGACAAAAGCCAGGCUCGCCAUAAUCGACGACUACUUUGGACUCGCGCAGCAGCACUUUGACCGCAUCAAUGGCAUUCAGAUCGAUACAUACUCGGAGACACUGGAUCCGCUAACAUCAUCCGGACUCGAUGCUCUCGUCAAGCGCCUGGAACCUUACCAGAUCAUCUCAUCAAUGCGUGAGCGGACACCUUUUCCGGCAGAGUUGCUGAAGCGGCUACCGAACCUCAAGCUUCUACUCAAUGCCAGUGGUCGCAACAACUCAAUCGACAUGCAAUGUGCAUCGAGCCAAGGCAUCAUUGUGACUGGCACGAAGGGUGACAGGCCAACGGACUCACAAGCACUGCAAGCACUUCCGGAUCUGCCGCCACCGAAAGGACACAGCUCUGUCGUGCAGCAUACAUGGGCUAUGCUUCUGGCUCUUUGCAGCAGAUUAGCAGAGGAUGAUCGUACGCUGAAAACGCAAGCCAAGAUCUGGCAAACGGGCCUGAUGGUACCUAUUGCUGGCAAAGUGCUCGGAAUCGUUGGGCUCGGCAAACUUGGUAUCGGUGUGGCCAAGAUUGGGGUGCUGGCUUGGGGCAUGGAUGUUGUGGCGUGGAGCGAGAACCUGACGGAAGAGAAAGCCGACGCAGCUGCUGAGAGCGCUGGCUUGCCGAAAGGAAGCUUCAAGUCGGUGACGAAAGAGGAGCUGUUUCAGCGCUCAGAUGUCGUUAGCUUGCACAACGUAUUGUCCGCUCGAAGCAAGGGGAUAGUGGGUGUGCAGGAACUAUCGUGGAUGAAGAAGAGCGCCAUCCUCGUCAACACCUCACGCGGCCCGCUGAUCGACGAACAAGCGCUCAUUGCCGCGCUCAAGGAAGGUGGAAUCGGUGGCGCAGCGCUCGAUGUGUUUUGGGAGGAGCCGCUGUCGCCGGACAGUCAAUGGAGGUCAGUUGAUGAGUGGGCGAAGAGUGGAGUACUCCUCAGCCCGCAUAUGGGUUAUGUCAAUGCGGGUACGAUGCACAGGUGGUACCAAGAACAAGCGGAGAAUGUCAAGCGUUGGUUGAAGGGUGAGGAGGUAUCUAACAGGAUGAACUAA